CUUCCGAUUCCCAUUUUUGACGUUUUCCUUCGCUUCGCUCGUUUCAUUUUUGCCGGCUCGAUGAUAACGAUGAGAGGGAGCAGGCCUCUCUACUGCCACAGCGGCGGCGGUGGCGUAUGUAGCGGUGGCGCUCCAGCUCCCUCACUGUUUUCCCCUUCUCCAAAUCACACAGCUCGCCGGACCCAGUGUCUCUCCGUUUCCACUGCCGUGCCGGAAGUCUCGGACCAGCCCUCCGCGUUGCCACUCUCCCUCCGCCGCCGGCUUAUUCUCCUCCGUCACGCUGCGAGCAGGCUCAGCGACCGGCUCACUAAAGAUCAUGAUCGCCCAUUGAGUAAAGCAGGCAGAAAUGAUGCAAUAAGCAUCUCCAACAAGCUUCAGCAGAUGGGCUGGAUACCUGAGCUCAUUCUGUCAAGUGAUGCUGCCAGAACAAAGGAAACUCUUCAAAUCAUGCAAGAGAAUGCACAGGGAUUCUCUGAAGCAGAGGUAUAUUUCAUGCCAAGCUUUUAUCCUAUAGCAGCUAUGGACGGCCAGACAGCGGAGCACCUUCAGAAGGCUAUUUGUGAAUAUUCAAGGGAUGAGAUCCUUACAGUGAUGUGCAUGGGGCACAAUAGAGGCUGGGAGGAAGCAGCAUCAAUAUUCUCUGGUGCAGUGGUAGAACUUAAGACUUGCAAUGCAGCUUUACUUGAAUCUAAGGGAAAAUCAUGGGAGGAGGCUUUUGCACAAGCUGGCCUGGGGGGGUGGAGGCUACAUGAAGUGGUGACACCUUAAAUUCACGGACACCACAGAGAAUCCUGUUUAGUGAAACUCGAACCCAUUCAUCUUUCUCGGCAGUUAUCAGUGAGAGCAAUUUGUUGUUGCACUUCUCCACUGAGGGCUUCAUCUUGAAAAUGAAACCUGAUAUGAAAUAUUCUGAUGUGCUAUGUUUUCAUAUAUGCUAUUGUUGAGCCUUGUAGCAAAAACCAGGACAAGAAGAUUGUAUGCUUGUUGUAAAAAGUUUGAGGAAAUUAUUUAACCAGUUAAGUAAAAUUCUUAUGACCUUGUUGUA